UCUCUCCAUCUUUGCUAUCUACUCUCGGGAUCACAACCAAUAGUCUUCUCCUUCCUUCUCUCACCGUUCACGGUUGUGCUAGGCAUGUUAUCGGUAGGAUGUCAAUGGCGGAAUAUUUACGGAAAAGUAUGACCAUGAUCAUGGUCGCUGGCUUCGCUCGGUCCUUAUUACAGAAUGGCGGACGUUUCGCCGUAGCUAUUCCUGUCUCAAGCUGUUUUUCAGAAUUCACGCAUCGAUUUACAGGUUUAUAGUUGCUUUGGGACCCAAAACAAUUCCGAGGAUAAUAUCGUUAAUGUGCGUGGAGUAGUAUCGAGGACAAAUUCGCCGUUGCGCAAUCGCUGAGCAAGCCGUGGCAUAAUGGCACGCCAUACUUGCCUGCAAAGAGGGCUGUUCACCGAUCUCCGGUUUGACUGGCUUGCAUCACUAUGUCUCAUGCUGUCAGCAAAGCUAUAAAUCUGUGACUCGUCGCCCAACUUGCAACCCGUCUUCUUCCUCACUUCUAUAGGCAACUUUAACUCCAGGCUGCCACUUUUCUCCUAGCAUGGCUCGGGUCGCCGUCCUUGCCCCCUCGUCUGUCCCAGACCCUGUGUACGAGUACGAGAACAAAAGUCAUCCCGAUUUCGAGCCACCCUCUGGCGAAGAAUCCGCAUCUGCACCACCUUCAUUUUCUCCCUUGGGGAACCUGACAUCCACCAAUGACCCGCAUCACCUCCCAGACUUUGACAAGACUUCUCUAACGGCUCCUGCCGCUCCAAUCUUGUACCUCCCACCUUUGCUGUCGUCUUUACCUCGUAAAUACGACUACAAAAUCCCACCCAUACCUGCCGAUCAGGAGAGGCGUCCCCUCAAUACUGAAACCCGCCUUCCAGAUAUCGACCCAGCUUCUUUGGCCUUGCACAAAGCCUUACAUAACUUCCAACCCGUCACCCGAGAGUAUGCGAUAACUCCCUACGAACAGGCUUUCAACUGGCAUGAGCUUGUUCUGCCGGAAGACUCAGAGCGGGAGUGGUAUUGUGUCGUCUUCAGAAGUAAGCGCAAGGACGGCAGCGACGGCGGACCGCUCUACGAAGCGGAUAAGCAAGCUCAUGAAGAGGCCGUCCAGAAUGGCGGGUUAAUCCUCUACUGGUACGGAAUCCCACACCCAGUGACGGGUCUUAACCUUGCCACUUGCAUCUGGCAGUCCAGACAGCAUGCUAUCGCUGCCAACUCCCGACCACACCACGUUCGCGCUAUGCGCCUAGCUGCCGCGUCAUAUGAACGUUAUGAGCUCCAGAGGUUCCGCGUGACCAAAAUCAAGGGAGAGACGGGUGUGAGAGUCUCCCCGUUUGACCAUGGUGAUGUGGGUUGGUAAUUGGAGUGUGUGGUGAUGUCUAUUUGGCUGGGUUUCGUUUUAGAAAUUGUUAUCGUUCUUGCUGUGCCAUUGUUGUGUUCGCUUUUAGCUUGGGUAUACCUUACAAUCCACCUAGUUACAUUCUCCCCAUCUCAUGUAUAUACCUCGGACAAUUCGGUGCACGUUUUACCUUGCAAGCUUACUGGCCACCGCAAUUGACUGUUCAAACUUCGUUGUGCUGGUGAAGUGUGCGACAACAUUCUUAGUAACUUAGAUUAGA